AUGGUCCGUUUUGGAAUGUUCAUUGAGAGAGAUUCUGAUACGAAUUGUAACAAUGAACCUGUGACCAAAAUUCUCAUGAAUGGAGACACGAAACCACUCCUAUGGGAUCCGCCCUUUAACGUUGUCCUUCCCGCGGUGGAGACGGUCCACGGCGAGGAGGACGGCGAGUGCAACGCCGCUUGUUCGCAUGAAGCAGCCCCUUGCCCCUUGCCCACAGCCCCUCAGGUCCCUAGCCCCUUGCCCCCCCAUCCCCCAUCCCCUUUGGCUCCCCCAGCCCUAGCCCCACCCCCCAUUCCCCUAGCCCUUGCCUAUACCCCUAUCGCCCAAUCCCCUUGCCCCCCAGCCCUAGUCCCCUAG